AUGAGCGAUACUUAUCAUGCAGGAAAUAAUGCUGAAAUUGAAGUUUUUGAAAAUGAAGGAAUACUUCGUAAAAUAUAUUCAAAUUCAAGUUUCGUGGCAAAUAAUAGGAAAGGCGUAAUCAAUAAAAUUCUAGAAACUGCAAAACUUCAAAAAGAGAACAUUUUCCUCCAGGAACUCAUUGAUAUUCAUAAGAAUGAUGAUGGUAGCCUUUACGCUGAUUUUAGGCUCAUUAAAGGAGACGAUUUAUACUAUUAUUUGGAAAAAAACAAAGCUUCAGAUGCCGAAAAAUUAGUAUGGAUUUAUUUUAUUGCCGAUCAAUUGGAGACUCUUCACAAAAACAAAAUUAUUCACAGAGAUAUUUGUCCAAAGAAUAUUCGAAUUGAUACAAAACAUUACCCUCACAUCAUCGAUUACGAUGAUGUUCAAAAAACAGACAAUCCAAUGAUGACUUCUAAGCGCCAUGGAACAGGUCUUUAUCAUUCUCUUGAAGUUAUUAAAUCUCUCGAUUACACGCCAGCUUCCGAUAUUUUCGCACUUGGUGGUGUGAUAUAUUAUAUAAUGACAGGAAAUGAGCCGAACUAA